GGUGAUGCACAUUGCCCUUUACCCUAUGUCAGUCUGAAGAUAGUGGCUCAGAAGAUUACUCUGUUUCCAUGCACCACACAGCGUAAAAGCACCCAUAAAGAUCACAGAGAGAGGAAAGAGGCAUAGCAACAACCUACCAAGCAAAUGUAGCUCAUCUAGCUACCAAAUUCCCAUAAGGCGGAAGUCAAAUACUGUGCCUGCCCUGGCUUGCCCUCCCUACAUUCUGCCCUUUAAGCAGUCAAACAAAGAAGCUACAGCCUACAGCAGCAUUCUCAAACCGAGCAACCCAUCUCAGUGGUGUGUGUGUGUGUGUGUGUGUGUGUUCACAGGGCUGAUCUAGGUCAGAGGACAGUAGUAUUUGUCUUCCCGUGAGAAGGGAAUUACAACCUCUAAAAUGAGUCUCUCUGCAGAGAGAGAGGAGGGGGACAGUUUUUCGAAAAAUAUUCUCUCAGGCGAGAAAGAGGAGCAGGAGAGACCAGUGUCUCCUGUACCCAGCUGUGUGUCCAUGAAGAGUGACAUGUCAAUCGAUCCUCCGUAUAACUUCAGUAAAGAACCAUUGUCCAGUGAACAGUGGGUCCAUCAGGAGAGACCAGCAUCUCCUGUAACCAGCUGUGUGUCUAUGAAGAGUGACCAGUCUAUGGGACCACCAAUCAACUUUUCCAGUGAACAGGGGGUCCAUCAGGAGAGACCAGUGUCUCCUGUAACCAGCUGUGUGUCUAUGAAGAGUGACCAGUCUAUGGGACCACCAAUCAACUUUUCCAGUGAACAAGGGAUCCAACAAGAGAGACCAGUGUCUCCUGUACCCAGCUGUUUGUCUAUGAAGAGUGACAAGUCUAUGGACCUGCCAAAGAGGUUCAGUAAUGAACCACUUAUGUCAAAUAAAAUGUUAUUACAAUAUUUAGAGUUCAUGGUUUCUUUAAAACAAAACUCAAACACGCACCCAGGACUUCUUGUUCUUUGUAAAGAUGUAAAAGUUUGUUUUGACAGGGUCCCUCCACUCCCUCAGCAGAGACAGGACUGUCCUCCUUCCUGCACUGUGUCCAUGGAGCCAUAUGAAGGAGCGAAUGUCUUUCCCGUAGAUCAGAAAAUGCACCAAAAUGUCAGUGCUGAGGCAGAAAUCCAAGAGAAGCUCAAAUCAACUCUGAAGAAGAGAUUUCAGUGUGUUUUUGAGGGACUAGCACAGCAAGGAAACCCUACACUUCUCAAUGACAUCUACACAGAGAUUUUCAUCACUGAAGGUGGAAGUGGAAAGGUCAAUAAUGACCAUGAGAUAAGACAGAUUGAGGCAGCAUCCAAGAGACCAGCAACACAAGAUACACCAAUCAAAUGUAAUGACAUCUUUAAACCCUUACCUGGACAAGACAGGCGUAUAAAAGCUGCGUUGACAAAGGGAGUCGCUGGCAUUGGAAAGACCAUUUCUGUGCAGAAGUUUAUUCUGGACUGGGCCGAAGGAAAAGCCAAUAAGGAUAUUCAGUUCAUAUUUCCACUUCCUUUUCGUGAGCUGAAUUUGAUGAGGACGAAGAGAUGCAGUUUGAUGGAACUUUUACAAUAUUUUUUCAUGGAAAUGAAAGAAUCCAAAAUGAUUAACUAUGAUGAGUGCAAAGUCCUGUUUGUAUUUGAUGGUCUGGAUGAGUGUCGACUCCCUCUUGACUUCCAGAACAAUAAGACCUGUUUUGAUGUCUCAGAGUCAACCUCAGUUGAUGUGCUGCUGACAAACCUUAUUAAAGGGAAUCUGUUACCCUCUGCGCUUCUCUGGACAACCUCCCGACCUGCAGCAGCCAAUCAGAUCCCUCCUGAGUGUGUUGACCAGGUGACAGAGGUACGAGGGUUCAAUGACCCACAGAAGGAGGAGUACUUCAGGAAGAGAUUCAGUGAUGAGAACCUGGCCAGCAGAAUCAUCUCACACAUUAAAUCCUCAAAGAGUCUCUACAUCAUGUGCCACAUACCAGUUUUCUGUUGGGUUUCAGCCACUGUUCUAGAGAGAAUGUUGGGUGAAGCAGAGAGUGGAGAGAUCCCGAAGACUCUGACUCAAAUGUGCACACACUUCCUGAUCUUUCAGACCAAACAGAGUAGUAAAAAGUAUCUUGGAGAAGAUUACAUUGAUCACCACUGGAAUACAGUAAUGAUAAUGAAACUGGGGAAACUGGCUUAUCAACAGCUGGAAAAAGGUAAUCUGAUCUUCUACGAGGAAGACCUAAGAGAAUGUGGCAUUGAUGUCACAGAAGCAUCCGUGUACUCAGGAGUGUGCACACAGAUCUUUAGAGAGGAGAAAGGGCUGUGCCAGGAGAAGUUAUUCUGCUUUGUACAUCUAAGCAUUCAGGAGUUUUUAGCUGCUCUGUAUGUGUUUCUCACAUUCAAAAACAGCAAUGUAAAUCUUCUCUCUCAAGGUGUAAAUAUUAAGACAAUGUCAGGAGAAACACCUGCAUUGUUUCUACACAAAAGUGCAGUGGACAAGGCCUUACAAAGUAUGAAUGGACACCUGGACCUGUUCCUCCGUUUCCUUCUGGGCCUAUCACUGGAGUCCAAUCAAACUCUCUUACAAGGCUUACUGUCACAGACAGAAAGCAAGUCCCAAAGCAGUGAGGAAACAGCCAAGUACAUAAAGAUGAAGAUCAAGAAGAAUCCCUCUCCAGAGAGGUGCAUCAACCUGUUCCACUGUCUGAAUGAACUGAAUGACAUUUCUCUAGUGGAGGAGAUCCAAAGCUAUCUGAGCUCAGGAAGUCUCUCAAAAGCUGAACUGUCACCUGCACAGUGGUCUGCUCUGGUCUUUGUUUUGCUGACUUCAGUGGAGAAGCAGGAUGUUUUCGAACUGAGAAAGUAUUUCAGAUCAGAGGAGGGUCUUCUUAGGCUGCUACCAGUGGUCAAAGCCACCAGAACAGCAAUCCUGAAAGAUUGUAACUUGACUGAAAGAUGCUGUAAGUCUUUAGCUUCAGCUCUCAGAUCGAACUCUUCUUCACUGAGAGAGCUGGACCUGAGUGACAAUAAACUGCAGGAUUCAGGAGUGAAGCUGCUCUCUGAUGGAUUGAAGAAUCCAGGUUGUAAAUUGAAGACACUGAGGCUGAAGAGCUGUGGUACCACAAAGAUUGGCUGUGCUUCUCUGGCUUCAGCUCUAAGGUCAAACUCCUCCCACCUGAGAGAGCUGGAUCUGAGCAGGAAUAUCCUUGGAGACUCUGGGCUAAAGCUGCUCUCUACUGUACUGGAGGAUCCACACUGUAAACUGGACAUACUGAGCCUUUCUGGUUGUGGAGUCACAGAGGAGGGUUGUACUUCUCUGGCUUCAGCUCUGAGGUCAAACCCCUCACACCUGAGAGAACUCGACCUGAACAACAACCAACCAGGAGACUCAGGAGUGAAGCUGCUCUCUGCUGUCCUGGAAAAUCCACAGUGUAAAUUGCAAAAACUGAAGCUGUAUAACUCUAAAACCACAGAGGAAGGAUGUUAUUAUCUGGCUUCAGCUCUGAUGACAAACCCCUCACACCUGAGAGAGCUUGACCUAGGUGGAAAUAAGUUAAGAGACUCAGGAAUUAACCAUCUCUCUGCUGCACUGAAGGAACCACAAUGUCAACUGGAAACACUGAGGAUGGUAGGCUGUGGAGUCACAGAGGAGAGCUGUGCUUCUCUGGCUUCAGCUCUGAGGUCAAACCCCUCACAUCUGAGAGAGCUGGACCUGACCAACAACCAACCAGGAGACUCAGGUGUGAAGAUGCUCUCUGCUGUCCUGGAGGAGCCACUCUGUAAACUGGAAAGACUUUCGCUGAAAUGCUGUAACCUCACUGAGAAAUGCUGUGGGUCUCUGGCCUCAGCUCUCAGCUCAAACUCCUCUAGUCUGAGAGAGCUGCACCUGAGUCACAAUAACCUACAGGAUUCAGGAGUGAAGCUGCUCUCUGCUGGACUGGGGAAUACACACUGUAAAGUGGAAAAACUGGGGCUGUUAUAUUGUUGGGUCACAUGGGAAGGCUGUGCCUCUUUGGCUUCAGCUCUGAGGUCAAACCCCUCACACCUGAAAGAGCUAGAUCUACAAAUGAAUAAACCAGGAGACUCAGGGGAGAAGAUGCUCUCUGAUGUCUUGGAGGAUCCACUCUGUAAACUGGAGAAACUUACUGUAUAAUGUACUCUGUACAACGUUUUUGUCUGAUAAAACUAUUAUGGUACAUUUCCACCUUUUUUAAUGCAUUUUCAUACAUUUCAAGAAGAGUUUUCUGUGAAGAAACCUUUUCUGUCUGCAGACAUUUUCACUGCAUGCAUGGGGAAAUGUCACACAAACAUUGUUAUAACAAGAAACAAGGAUGUUUGUUGCAUCCUUGUGAAUGCUGGGUUGUUAGCUAAUAAUUCAGAGACAGCGGGAAGAUAUAGUUUAAAAAAUAUACACUACCAUUCAAAAGUUUGGGGUCACUUAGAAAUGUCCUAACCGGAAUAGAAAGAGUGGGAGGCCCCGGUGCACAACUGAGCAAGAGGACAAGUACAUUAGUGUCUAGUUUAAGAAACAGACGCCUCACAAGUCCUCAACUGGCAGCUUCACUAAAUAGUACCCGCAAAACACCAGUCUCAACGUCAACAGUGAAGAGGCAACUCCGGGAUGCUGGCCUUCUAGGCAGAGUUCCUCUGUCCAGUGUCUGUGUUCUUUUGCCCAUAUUAAUAUUUUAUUUUAAUUGGCCAGUCUGAGACAUUCAACUCUGGUUUUGUUGGUUGCUUUUCCUUCACUCUGCAGUCCAACUCAUCCCAAAACAUCUCAAUUGGGUUGAGGUUGGGUGAUUGUGGAGAACAGGUCAUCUGAUGCAGCACCCCAUUGCUCUCCUUGGUCAAAUAGCCCUUACACCGCCUGGAGGUGAGUUUUGGGGUCAUUGUUCUGUUAAAAACAAAUGAUAGUCCCUCUAAGCUCAAACCAGAUGGGAUGGCAUAUAGCUGGAGAAUGCUGUGAUAGCCAUGCUGGUUAAGUAUACCUUGAAUUCUUAAUAAAUUAACCAACACUGUCACCAGCAAAGCACCUCCACACCAUCACACCUCCUCAUCCAUGCUUCAUGGUGGGAACCACACAUGCGGAGAUUAUCCGUUCAGCUACUCUGCGUCUCACAAAGACAGUGGUUGGAACCAAAAAUCUCACAUUUGGAUUCAUCAGACCAAAGGACAGAUUUCCACCAGUCUAAUGUUGUUACGCCAUGACCUUAGAGAUCCUUUUUAUGUCUCUAUUUGGUUUGGUCAGGGUGUGAUUUGGGGUGGGUAUUCUAUGUUCAAUUAUUUGUAUUUCUAUGUUUUGGCCGGGUAGGGUUCUCAAUCAGGGACUGCUGUCUAUCGUUGUCUCCAAUUGAGAACCAUACUUAGGUAACCCUUUUCCCACCUGUCUUUGUGGGAAGUUGACUUUUGUUUAUGGCACAUAGCGUCACGGUUGUUUUCUCGUUUGUUGGCUUCAUUUGUUAUAAUAAAAGAAAAUGUACGCACA